CAUACAAGUCAUAACUGUUCGGUAUAUUUGCUGAUAAAGUUGUACAUUUAUAAAGUGUGUUAGCUACCAUAGCCUCUAAAAGUUUGUUAAGGAAAUUUGGAUGGAGAAAUAACAAAAUAACAUAGUGAACUAUUUUCAAGCUCGGAUGUAAUUAUUUGUUUACAUCGGUACAGCAGUCAGCCAUAUUUGUUGUUAGCUGUGAGCAGAAACAAGAUUUGUGUUUAUAACUAACAUAAUUGCCAGAAAAUGAAGUGGGAAUACAAAGAAGAACAUCCGUUUGAGAAAAGAAGGGCUGAGGGAGAGAAAAUCAGGAAGAAGUAUCCCGAUCGAGUCCCUGUCAUUGUUGAGAAAGCCCCAAAGGCAAGAGUUGGUGAUUUAGACAAAAAGAAAUAUCUGGUACCCUCAGAUUUGACUGUUGGACAGUUUUAUUUCCUCAUUAGAAAGAGGAUACACCUGAGGCCAGAAGACGCCCUUUUCUUCUUUGUAAACAAUGUGAUUCCCCCAACAAGUGCAACAAUGGGAUCAUUGUACCAGGAGCACCACGAGGAGGACUUUUUCCUGUACAUUGCCUACAGUGAUGAGAGUGUAUAUGGCCAAUGAGACUCGCAUUACUUACAGUGACUAGAGUGUGUUUGGUCGGUGAUUCCAUCACAUUCUACACUUAACCAAGACCACAGCUGGGGAACGUUUCACUGCUUUUUACAAACAAAUUGAUGAUCUUAAUUUUGCAUGUACAUAUGUACACAUUCUUGUACUCAAAAUACAGGCAAUGAUAUGUACAGUUUUUUAAGAGAGUGUAAGAAUGCGAUUUUAGACUUUAUUUCUCUGCCGGACAGGGUCAGAUUUUACUUGUAAAAGCCAUAGUUUUAUGUUCAUAUUUUUCUUCGCAGUGUUUUAUUUUAAUCUGGUAUGGUUUGCCAAUUUUAACAAUCAAAGCCCGGUAAAAUUUGAACACCUUGAUAAUCUACUCUUAGCAUUAAUGUUCAUCAUAAGAGAACAAAAUAUCUACCAAAUCGUUUCGCUGUUUUUCAGCUUUGAUUUGCAUUUAGAAGAAAAUAUGUGAGGGGUAUGAACAAUUUGAGCAGUUUCUACAAGUACAUAUCAAAUUUCUGACCAAAGACUAAGAAGUUCUAGCACAUUUCUUUUUAUUCAGGAAAACUAUCUUUAAGGAUUGAUGAAGAUGUUUGAUUGCCAUGUCUAACGUCAUGCAUGACUAAGUACGUGAAACAGUGUUGAGUAAAUGUUGACGAAAAAGGUCAAAGGUUAGUUAUUGCUACCUGGUUGGGGAUAUUGACCUAGGUAUCAAGGCUAGGGGAAUAGUAUAUACGUUUAAUGCUGUAAUUAUUGUUUUAUUUCAUGUUAUACCCAUUUUUAUGUUGUUUUCGCCCAUUUGUUUGUGAAAUUUAUGUGUACAGAAAUAAAAAUAUAUUUGUUUCUUAAUAUUAUUCAGACUCUUUGUCAGAAUGUGAUUGGAAUAUUGGGAGGUUCAAACAAUUUUGGUACCCACGCAAAAUACUGUAGAUCUGGGAAUAAAUGAAUAUGAAAUUCAAAAAAGAAAAAAAGAAAAGAAGUUUUAUUCUUAAUAACACUGGCACAAUACCAGUAUAUGCUUUCCCCAUGCUGAGAUGUGGUGAAGUUACGCAGGCUUUGCUGUGUCAAUUACAGUACACUUAAUUCUGUUUAAAACUCAUUGUUGUGAAUGUUCUAACAAUUGUAAAUGUCUUUCAAAUAUAUUUAUGUUCAAUACAAAAUAUAUCGUUGAUUUUACUUCUGUUAUAUUUCAAACACCACUGGUUUCAUAAAUAGGGGUUAAUUCUUUUAUGUUUUGUCAAUAUAAAGGAACUAUUUUAACAUUGUAUGAUCCUUGAAAGUCUCCAUACAAAUGUCAUAGAGCUGUAAUGGAUAUUUUCAUUAACAGUAAGGCUGUGAAGUUUGAAAUUGUACACCGAAAUCAGGAAUAAAUAUUGUACACAAAAUGAUUGCGGAGCUUGUAUAGUGUGGGUAAAUUCAUUUUCUAAAAUAUGGAGUUGAAUUAAAUGCAAUGAUAUUUUAUCAGUAAAUAAUAGUUGUAGGUGGAUUUUGUAGAGAAAGAUAUCGAAACAUGUUUCAAAAUUUAUUAUAUUCAUGAGGUAUUGUUAAUGUUUUGGUUACAGCAAAGUAUUGGCGAAUUUCCAAAAAAAACAAAAACUGAAUAAUUUGAUAAAAAGAUAUUUUUGUUCCCAAUUUCGUUCAUAUAUUUUCCAUUUCAUCUCAAGGAAAAGUGUGCAUUAGACCUCAAGAAUUUGUUAUUCUGAUAUUAGUUUGGUUAUCUGGUUUCUAGGAAGCAAAAUCAACAUCAGCUGAAAACAAAUAUUUGUGAGUUUAAGGGGAUCACAGUAUUGUGUUGAAAACAGUUGUGUAUAUAUAUAACAUAUAUAUAUAUAUGUAGUGACAGUCGGUUUAUCCUUAUUUGUAAGUAGUUGAUUGAAAUUUUGUUCUGGUAUAAAGUUCGUCUAUGUUAUAUAUACUUGGUUUCACCCCGAAACAUGUUUUAUUAAUUGAUAAUAAAGGAAGAAGAUUGUUAAUCGU